GACUGUGUUUCUCCCGUUGAUCUGAAAAGAGACAAGGAGUAACAUGAUGUCAUUCUUGGAAACACAAGAUUUUUCAUUAUGAUCCUCUUAAUAUAUGUACGAAACAUCGACAGUUCUUCUUCAAUUUGUAUGUUAUGUGAAUAAUGACUUGAUAAUGUGGGUGGAAAAACAGUGAUAUUAAGUGUGUGUGUUGUGUGUGUGUGAUCUUGAUGACAAGCCCUACCACAUCCAUGACUUCAUUUGAGAGUAAUACAAUCGGAGACGAGGAAGCCAACGUGGAACAGGUCGUCCCAGCACUGCUAACACUAGAGAGGAAGUCUGACCUGCGCAGGUCCCUGCUGCUCAUCGUGGUCUACAUGCUGAUGGAGACUGGGAAGCAAAUGAGCAAUUUUCAUCUAUCGAUAAGCAGCGAGGACGAGGUUCCUGUGUCCUCUACAUUCAUCGUCCUCCUCACAGAACUCACGAAGCUCAUCAUCGUUCUCUUCUGGGCAGCGGUGAGUCAGGCACCGGUGUCCAGGUGGCGGCCCUCCUGCACCUUCAGCGUGCCAGCACUCUGCUACUUCUUUACCAAUAUCCUCUACCUCGUCUCCCUUAGAACAGUCACUCCGCCACUGUGGAUGCUGCUCAUCCAGACUCGCACUCUCUACACAGCCGCCUCCUACCUGAUGGUGUUCGGUCGGAAGAUGACGUGGGUACAGAUGGUGGGUUGCCUGCUGCUGGUGGGCAGCGUAGCGCUGGCUAGGACGUCUCAGCUGCUCCCCGGCAGCCGCACCUCCGUCACCUCCGCCGUCCUGGUCUACUCGCAAUUGUGCGCUCUCCUCUCUACUGCCGCUUCUGUCGCCGUCGAGCUGCUGCUGAAGAACAACGAGCGAAGCUUCUGCGAGCAACAGGCGUGGUUGUACCUGUGGGGAUCGCUUCUGGGGGCCAUAACUCUUCCUCUUCAGUUGGACUACAACUCAUUGACGUCUCUUCUGCAGAGUGUAAUAUGGAGUUCGACUCUCCUGCUACGGGUUCUGGCUGCUGUGGUGGCAUCAGCCUUGGCCGGACUGUGUGUUCCUCUCAUUAUCAGGAACCUCGACAGCAUUGUUAAGGACUACCUGGCGGCUCUCAACAACCUUCUGCUGUCAGUGGUGACGGCAGUGGUGUUCCCCGUCCACUUCACCAUCACCUGGGUCUUCUGUCUCUCCCUCGUCCUGCUGCUCCUCGGUAUUUGGCUCUACGAGAGGAAGGUCCUUUGCCACAAAUCAUGAUCCUACCAGCAUUUGGUGGGCAGAAGACAUUCUUAAAAAAACAAAACAGCUGUGAAUAUUUAAAGGCACAUUAUUAUUAUUAUAAUCAAGGGGAAGCGCUAAACCCGGAGGAUUAUACAGCGCGUGGGGGGGGGGGGAAUGUGGAAGGCAUUCAGGGUUAAUUCGGGGAACUGGAGCACACAUCCAAUUUCCUAAAUCAAGAGCCCCUCACCAACAUUAAGGAACCUUCCUUGAGGGGAUUUAAAGGCACAAUAGUAAUGAAUAUUUGCGAUGUUACCUGAAGGUGUCGUGUCCUAGAGGACACAGCAAGUUCAUGCUGUCUCUAAAUCAAUGUUCCAUGACGCAUUUUCUGUAUUGGGAAUUAAUCAUAUUAUGUGUACAAGUAUUCAAGACGUGUGUGGAGGUAUGUGCUACCGGAGGAAACUAUAUUAAAUUAAUGCAAUGCGAAAAAAGUACCACAGUGAAAAUAGGAAAAAAAAAACCUGAGGGCUUUCAUGUGUUUACACACAUAUCUUCAGAGGAUGUGUGUAAACACAUGAAAGCGCUCACGUUUUAUUUUCUAUUUUCACUAUGGUAUAUUUUUUCAUAUUUGCAAUCACGCAUUUUAUUGUGAUUUCUUCCUUAAUGCAAUAUAUUUAAAUAUACCUUACAACAUAGGUAUGUAAAAA